UCCGGCACCACCCAUUGCUACAUCCAUAAUGUACAGCUCCGGUUGUCAGCUCUAUUCAUUAGGGGACGAAGCGUUCUCGCCAGCGACAGGACCCGGAUGCGGGGAAUCCGACAACGUCGAGCUUCCUGGAUUCCUUUUCGGCUCGAGCGCACCCAACAACUGUGUCCCACCGCCAGACGCACUGGUAGCAGCAUCGGCGUCAACGGUAACGGUGACGCCGCGUCUCACGACAACGCCAAGCUCUGCAAUGGCCGUAGACGCCCAAGCGGCCGUAGCAGCAGCAGGUCGUAACCAUCCGGCCGAUGCCCAUCUAUCCCAGAGUCUCGUUGGCACCACAGCUGCUCCAGCUAUCGUUCAGCAUUCGCCAGCGAUCAUUUCAAGUGCGUCAGCUAUCUUCGCUGGAGCAAGCGGACAGCAUCAGUUGGACACGACUGGCACGCAUAAUCCGUCUUCAACAAUAGCAGCGGCCACAACCGUAGCCACGGCACGUCUACAGCAGAUACAACAUGUCACAAAUGAGCCACAGAAGGCAACCGGCUCGAUGACGGCGAGCGGGGUCGCAGACAGAACAGAGACCACGCAGCUGGAACAUCAACACCGGCAUCAACAACAUCAAAUACACCAUCAAACUCAACAUCCACCUCAUGAUCACCAGCUGCAUCACCAUCGGGCACAUUUCGUACAACAGUCACGGACGACACACCAUCAGCAACAACUUCAGCAGAUCACACCGGCAUUACCUCUUAGCUCUAAAAAAGAUCCCGUAAAGCUACUGACCGGCUCCCGUACGAAGAGAUAUUCAGGUCCCUUGCCUUACCGACCACGACGAACAAAGGUUGACAAAUCUGACCAUCACUGCAAGAUCUGCGAUAAAUACUACUCAAAUCGGAAGCAGUUGCGUAAGCAUGUAAACAGCUUUCAUCCAGAGGAGCCAUUUGAGAUGACCUCGAAGAACCUCAACCUCGAUCGAGUCAACUGGUGCCUCGAGAAGGGUUGCGACUUUCGUCACGACCGAAACCAUAUCUUCACGAAGCAUCUUGAAGAAAAGCACCGCAUCGUUGCGGAGAGGAUCGAUCGCAAGUUCAACACUUUCGCUGAAUAUGAGCGAUGGAAGACCGAGAUCGAAGAAUCACAAAAGAUCAAGUUCGUUGCCGGCGAUGGCUAUUAUUGGCGAUUAACGAAAGAUGGCCGACGAGUUAGUCGGCAGCAUUUGUUCUGUCAUAAAGCCAAGGAAUUCAACACGGUCGGAAAAAAGGUCACCCUUCGAAUGGAAGGCCACACCGAAGACGAAAUCGAACGGCUUGUCAAACCCACGUGGAAUAAGAUCACCGAAAGCCUAGCUAAAGAGACCCAGGCUAAGAAAAAUUUAUUAGCACAUCGUAACAACAGCGUUGCGGUCAACGGAGCCGAUGAUAAUUCAAGCGAGAAAGAAGAAAAUAUCGAAGUCGCAGUUGACGAGAUGGAGGUAAUUCGGCGCCUCGUACCCGGUAAACAGAACCUGAUCAAGACUGCGCGGACAAACUCGAAGGGCGGCUGCUUCCUGUUUAGCCAAUGCACAGCAUACCUGCACGUGACGAUCUUCGAACACGAUCGGAGCGUGCACGUAGAUGGCUGUCUUUCACAUUAUGGUCACGAUCCCGUGCUGGAGCAUGACAUUUUCGACCUUCCCGAAAGUGUCGUAUCAAAGAUAAAACAGAGAUUUGUAAUGGGGCAUUCACUGGAAGAGGUACGGUGCUUUGCGGCCAACCAAUGGCCGCAUUUCUGUCUAAAGGACGGCGCACUCGAGGGCAUUCGCGACCGAAACCUCCGUCGUAUCCUAUUCAAACAGUACUACGCGCCAUUCACCAAUAUUUUUGAAAGAGUUGUUGAUAUCAGUCGAACCAUAAAUCAAUUCUAUUAUGUAGAACCGGAGGGCAUACUCGUUACACUCCUUAACAUUGAGCACACGUUGCAUGACCUGCACAAACAACUUGUGAAAAAGGUCAACGAAAAGGUGUACCCAAAGUACAAACCGGAAAAGGUCUUUCGAGACUCGCCGGUCGAUAUUCAGCAAGUUCUUGAAACGUUGUCGAUGCAGCAGAACUUCAGUCAUUUCAAGCGAUUGGUCAGGUACUCGGAACACCAUAAAGCGUUCUACAUGAACCAUAAGAUAACGAAGGAUAACCUUCAGUGCGUUAGUGAGUUUGACAUGGCACUCGCGGACGAUGGCUAUCGUUGUUUUGAACUCGACGAAGACAAUAAGCGGUCAGGAGACGAGCAAAUUCGGCGAAAACGAAGGGACUUAUCAGUUGGUGAAGAUGAUUCAUCGAAUUCGUUAGAGAAGGCCCCGUUCCAGACGAGAAUUGUUUCGAAGGAUGCUGGCCCUGACGAAUCGAUCGAGGACCUAACUAUGAGUUCACAAAUUACCGCAUCUGUGCCAGCUCCAUUAUGUUCUACAGCCGGACCUUCAAUCAUAGAGCUCAAUCCAACUUUAAACGUAUCUCUGCCAAAUUUUAACACCGCUAUCGAUCAGGACCGUACCAACCGCCACAGUGGAACCUUAUCUACGGAUGUCAUUCAAGAUCAAAGCCAUUAUCAUCAGCGGGAUCAUCGGCAAGUGUAUGACCAUCACCUUCACCCGCAGCAACGGCAUCAGUCGUGCGAGAUCCACUUCAUGGACACUUCGGUUCCAGUUUCGGCCUUACCAAGCUUUAGCACCUCGACAACAAGUAAUUCGACCGCAGCCGAACAUGACACAAAGAAGUCAUCUUUCAACGAGUUCCUUCAGCGCGCAGCCGAAGCGACCCAUCAUGGUGAAGACCAGAAGCAGGGGCACGCUCCGACCCAGCAAAAGGAGCAGCAACGAGGGAUUAUCAGUGACACUCAAUGUCUGCAUAACCAUCAAGUAUCUUUUUCCGCUGAAGAUGAGAGUCUGACACUGUCCCAUCUACCCGAAUUUCUGCCAAAAUCUCCGAUCGAAGUUGGGAACGCCGCAAAAGCAGAUAUUUCAUUAGCAGUUUCGUCCGCAGUGCAGCUAGCUACGUCAGUUCCAACCGGAGGGGACUCAGCCAACGCGACCGCUGCUGCCCACAUAUCGACAGUGGACUUGUCUACGUACCUGACGCUUGGGGCGCCGUUUGGAGCGCCUGAUAGCGAUAAUGAGGCUGGGAAUGAGGGUGAUCUCAUGUUGAGUUUCGACCAUUUGUUCGGUCUGAGAACGCCACAAAGCUGAGGCAGCCGGUACUCUAACGGACUAAAUGGUGAUCCUGUAGAAUGUGAAAUGCUUAGAGUUACACAGAGAACACAUGGAAGUGUUCGAACUCAUUUGAAUACGCGCACCCUGAUGCACCUUGAGCAACCGGAUGAACGAUACAGGAAUAAAUCGAGCCUAAUUAUUUGCUAGUAACCUCACAAGAAUGAAACUUUACCACUAAUUCAUUAUAUUGGUUACAAACAGUUUGAGUGCGAAGGAGAUGCUCGAUUAGCUCUCAGCUGAAACGACCGCUGUCCCCCGCGUGAGAUCUUAAAGGGAAGCCCCGAAGGGGUUUCAAUUCUGAUUCGCACGUGCCGCUACAACGAACUGGAUUCUCGAUAGCUGCGAACCCAUUAGCGCAUUACAAAUGGGCUAUGCCUCUACGAGCUCUCGUGUAUACUAAACCUCCUACCAUUCUGCGAAAAAAUUAGCCGAAACCCGCUGUGAAAGCAGCUGACGGCGCGUUACUCUGAUGUGAGUUGUUGGUUAUUAAUGUCACCUGACAACUGUAAAUAGUUUCGUUGACGAAGCUGAUGGGCUACAUGACCUUUCCCAUUACAUAAUCUUUGUGUCAGACCUUAUUAUAUUUAGGAAUACAUUACAAGUAACAGUAUUUAAUCCGGAAACGCUUUAGGUAGUGUCCUAAUGUAUAUAUAUACAGGGUGUCCAAAAAGAUAUGCACUGUUUAUUGGGUUCCAAAGUUGUGUAUAUAUUAUAAUCAAUGGUCCAAGAUUAACCUUUCAACACAAACAAUUCAUUCCAAGGGACCCUCCAAGAGAGAGAGAGAGAGAGAGAGAGAGAGAGAGAGAGAGAAGAAGACUAUUUUGCGGAUAGGACCUGGGAAAAAUGAACAAAACGUAUUGGUAUCGACAGAGGUUGUCUGAAGCCAUAACGCUACAUUUAAAUCAAACGGCAUAAAUAGGCAUGAUUGACAUUCGACUUACAAAACGAUGAUAAAUCUACAUCUGUUACGCAGGAAAAUCAUGGAAGUUUACCAAGAGUUAGUGUGGUGCAACAUUUCAAGCAAGGAUUUAUAUGGGCCAUCGUCUUUUCACAAUUUAGUUACAUGAAUUUGAUGCAAUAAUCUCUUUUCUUACGCAUCUUUAGGGAUUUUGGAGAAAAUGGCGAAUCUUAUUACCAACAAGACGGAGCACCUGCACCGUAUUAUCGUGAUGUAGGAACCUAUCUCGAUGAGAGCCUUCUAAACGGAGAUGACGUUUGAACGAACAGGCCCCGAAGGACCCCAGCUGGCUGUUGUUCAGACCUGGGUGCAAAUGGGCUUUUUCGUGCGGACGCCUUAAAAAUGAAAUCUACACCAGAAAACUGACAACACUGGGAUAUGGAAAAAUCCAAAACGAGCAAUAACAUGUCGUAGCACCAAAUUAACCGUUUGUUGGAAUUUGGAAAGCUAUACAUAUCACCUAGACUCUUUCGGAAUUGAAGUAUUAAUUAUAUGUAAAAAAGUUAUUCAAAUUGAGAAUACGCUUUUUGAGGUACCCUGUCCGUAUCAAUAUUUAUAAAUAAAAAAAUGUAAAAAGAAAAAACACAAUACAAUAGUAAAAAAAGGUUUCAUUGUGCUGCUUAUCGAAAAACACGUAGGGCAAAAUAUGCAAUAGGCUAGAGUUGAUUUUUACAGGAGAAGAAAGUCGAGUUCGUUGAAGUACGAUCUCGUCACUUUAUCUUAUCGCCAGCCAAUGAAUGUAAACGACAUACUUUUUCCCAUUGUCAUUACAUGAGGGCAACUACUCAAUUGGUUCGCUCUUCGGAGUAGACCUUUUCCGAAUCCUACGUACAGAACGCGUUAAAAGGUUGGAGUAAUUUUCCUGCACGACGUUUACACGCACUUGCUAUGCACCAUGAAAGGAAAACUUUGCUACCAAUAGAGAGACAGCGGUUUUCAGUCUCACGCUUAGUCAUUGAUUAGACAAGGAGCGCUUAGCCCAUUUAAUAUUGGGUCGACCGAAUAUAAUACCCAGUUAGUGUGCAACACUGGUUAGUAAAUAUCAUGAGAGAUAGUAUAAAAACACCACAUCUAUAAUCUUCCUUAUUAACUAAUUGUCAGAAUGACCAAAGCCAAAACGGCUAUCCGUUCUUGGUCUGACGAUUCUAGCUUUGAAGGCCUUGCAACAAGAUUGUAGUAGAAAAUGAUAGUAGUACAGAUACAGAGAUUGAUAUAAUAUUCGCUUGAAUAAAAUACGACCAGGAAGUAGUAACUGUGUUGACACAAUGUCAAUUAAUUCGUACAAUUUAAUGCAACUUCAUCAGAUACGGUCCUGCUAACAUGUUUAGCUGCAAGCUUCCACGUAAAAUUUCGGGCCUUAGCUAAGGACAUUUUUUUUUUUGAAAAUUAUCGACUCUCCGACAUCGUUUUCUCAUAAAGGAUCUGGUUAGGGUAAACGAAAAUUGUGUCAAUAGCAUACUUUGUCUAAUUAUCGGCUCUGUUAUUGAAAGGAGUGCCAGUUGUUUCUCGACAAU